UGGGUGGUGUUUUCCUUUGGGGGAAAAGUGCGGUUCCGCGACUGCGGUGAUUCAAGUCUGUUGGUACCGGUGGUCUUCCGGGCGGGUCGUAGGAGACGGUCUACGGGCCAAGCUGCGCGAUGCAGAGGCUGCAGAUGGUGCUAGGCCACCUGAGCGGCCAGCCUGCUUUGCUUUCGAAGCGGGACCUGCAGGCCGCACCGUGUUGGGGCCGCGCUCCGCAGGCGUCAGCCGAGGACGUGGUCAUAGUGCACGGGCGGCGCACGGCCAUUGCCCGUAGUGCUCGUGGCGGCUUCAAGGACACUACUCCCGACGAGCUUCUCUCGGCCGUGUUGACCGCGGUCCUCCAGGACCUGAAGCUGAGCCCGACCCAACUAGGAGAUAUAUGCGUGGGAAAUGUGCUUCAGCCGGGGGCUGGGGCAGUCAUGGCCCGAAUUGCCCAGUUUCUAAGUGACAUCCCAGAGACUGUGCCUUUGUGCACUGUCAAUAGACAGUGUUCUUCAGGGCUCCAGGCAGUGGCCAGCAUAGCUGGUGGCAUCAGAAAUGGGUCUUAUGACAUUGGCAUGGCUUGUGGGGUAGAGUCCAUGUCCCUGGCUGACAGAGGGAACCCUGGAAAUAUUACUUCCCGCUUGGUGGAGAAGAAGGCGGCCAGAGACUGCCUCAUUCCUAUGGGGAUCACCUCGGAGAAUGUAGCUGAGCGGUUCGGCAUUUCACGCGAGAAACAGGAUGCCUUCGCGCUGGCUUCCCAGCAAAAGGCAGCCAGGGCCCAGAGCAAGGGCUGUUUCCAAGCCGAGAUUGUGCCUGUGACCACCACAGUCUACGAUGACAAGGGCACCGAGAGGAGGAUCACCGUGGCCCAGGAUGAGGGUAUCCGCCCCAGUACCACCAUGGAGGGCCUGGCCAAACUGAAGCCUGCCUUCAAGGAAGGUGGCUCUACCACAGCUGGAAACUCUAGCCAGGUGAGCGAUGGGGCAGCCGCCAUCCUGCUGGCCCGGAGGUCCAAGGCAGAAGAGUUGGGCCUUCCCAUCCUGGGGAUCCUGAGGUCCUACGCGGUGGUUGGGGUUCCCCCUGACGUCAUGGGCAUCGGACCUGCCUAUGCUAUCCCUGUAGCUUUGCAGAAAGCAGGGCUGACAGUGCAUGACGUGGACAUCUUCGAGAUCAAUGAGGCCUUUGCAAGCCAGGCCGUCUACUGUGUGGAGAAGCUAAGGCUGCCCCCUGAGAAGGUGAACCCUCUGGGGGGCGCUGUGGCCUUGGGCCACCCACUGGGCUGCACUGGGGCUCGACAGGUCAUCACGCUGCUCAACGAGCUGAAGCGCCGUGGGAAGAGGGCAUAUGGGGUGGUGUCCAUGUGCAUAGGCACCGGAAUGGGAGCCGCUGCUGUCUUCGAAUACCCUGGAAACUGAGUGAGGCGCCGCGCGGACAGUCCUGCUUCGGGGGCAGGAAAGCAACACUACUGAAGGGGUGCCCCGCGGGAAAGGUCCGCACUGGCGGUUGUGGUGACAGACAAAUCAAGGCACUUCAGCAAAUGUGGAAAAUGUGAACGCUGAUGACACAGCACCUCACCCACUCCUGCACUAAGUCCCCCAGGUCCCCUAGGCCACCAGGGCCACCAUGUAAUUCCUGGGGAGGGGGCCUUGUGAUUGAAGCGUCCCACGGACACAGUAAACGUAUGUUAUCUU